UUUAUACAUGGACAAUAACAUUCAAAAAAAUAAUAAUAUAUCUAUGUGACAUAGUCAUCUAAAUUGCAUUUUUCUGUUGACCCUGAGGUCGCUCAGGGAAUGACGCAAGUAGUGCGUCUAUUCUGGCUUUAUUAACGUUUUGAUAUUCGCGUGCGUCAUUUGGGAAAUAUUUGAAUAGCUGCGUUAUCCUAAACAUAGCAUCACGUACAUCUACGAGAAUAUUUUCAAUUUUGGGAUCCCUAACAGGAGCAAAUUCUUCGACUUUUUCUACCUCUUUGCUGGUUAUUUCAUUAUUUCCGUCUAUGUGUACAUCUAAUUGUUGUUCAUUGAGUGUAUGUUUUCCAUUUAGACUCUCUUGUAUUUCGCUAUCUGGAUCGGUAGCUUUGAGCCUCUCAUCGAUACCCUUAUCAGCUGGUGAGGCACCACUGCUGAAGCCAUUUUCAGCCUUCAACUUUUUAUUACUACUAUUAGGAGAACUGCUGCCUGUCCGACUUCUUUUGAUUGUUUGCUGCUGCUGCUUCAUUAGUCUUUCUUGACUGUUUUUACCAUCAAAACCAAACGCUGACAUCCAAGAGUGGGUAUCCUUCCAAUCAACUUUCCUGUAAGUUUCACUGAGGUACAUUUCCCGUGAAACGGCACUUGGCAAAAUAAAGCAGGCCAUUGCUAUGAUAUUUGGAGGGUAUGAUAAACAAAUUGUAGUUCUCAUACUGUCGUUUAAGACAGCUUGCAUCAUUACCAAAUCAAAUUUCUCUAAUUUGAGCAUCCGGGCUGCAUCAAGAAUAAGUGGGAAUGGCUGAUGAAUAGCUAAAUCGAACGCUAGAGUACGCAAAAGAUGUAUCUCAGCACUCAGCAUUGAGUCUUGGAGUUUAAGUACUUCAGGCUCAUCUUUAAUCUGCAUUGGCUCUCCGGUUGAGGGUUUUUUACCCUCAGCUUUAGCUAUAUCUGUCCGACGUUUGUAUACAGCCAGGGCGGCAAGGUGAGUGACAUGCUUCAUAGAAUCUUGCGAUUUGCAAGCAAGAAAGAGGCAAGUGAGAGCUAUUUCUUCAGGUUCGAAAUCAGCGAAAGAGUUACGCAUGUAGAAUCUAUGAAAGUAUGUGCAAGCGUUGUAUAAGCUGUCAUUCCGCACUCUAGCUGUUACACCAAUUCGCAGUAACCAAUUGACGCCAUUGACUCUAUACUUCUGCUCUUCAUCUGUAUCUAUGCCAUCCUUAAAACUCGGUGUUUCGUUAAUUUCUUUAUUGUCAAACAACCAUUGAUCAGGCAUCACUCAUUAACUUGACCGUCAAUGACAACUCGACAAAGUACGCUAAACUUCAGUAAAAAAGCAUCAAAAAUUAUCUGGAAACAUAAUAAACCAUUCAAUCAACCACGAACUAUCAUUUUUGGCGUUUACGGUCAAUUCGUACCUCAUCGGAAGAUAGCAGCAUUCGACUUAGAUGGCACCCUUAUAAAACCAAAAAGUGGCAGUACGUUCCCAAAACAUGCUUCAGAUUGGAAGUUUCUUCAUAAGAAUCUAAAAGAGCGUCUGUCUAGCUUAAUUGACGACGGAUACGCGGUUAUCAUCAUCUCAAAUCAGAAUUACGAAAGUCGUCCGGCGAAAUUAGAAGAAUGGCAGAGAAAGCUAGAAUUUAUUGGUGAUAAAUUGGAGGAUAUACCCUUCGUCUGUAUGGCAGCUACCUCAAAAGAUGAAAAUCGUAAGCCAAACGUAGGAAUGUGGGAAUGCCUAGAACGUUAUCUAGAAGCUCAAGAAGUUGGUAAACCAGAUAUCUCACAGAGUUUCUACGUCGGUGACGCAGCAGGUAGACCGAGAGAAAACAGAAGGCCUGCAGACCACUCCUCAGACGAUCUAAACUUCGCUAAGAAUUUAGAUUUGCAGUUUUACACACCAGAAGAAUACUUUUAAAGAGGAAUAUAUUUAUUAAGGCAAUACAAUAAAAUGCAGUGAUUGUACAAAUACAAGCUAAUUUUGUGAGGGAAUGCAGAGACUUAUGUUUAGAGGUCUUGUGAGUCAAUGCCUUCACCCUUCUUGGUUUUUGAUGGGAGAAGCUCGGUGUGAAUGUUUGGAAUAACACCACCUUGUGAGAUUGUUACGUGACCGAGGAGCUUGUUAAGUUCAUCAUCGUUUCUGAUGGCCAAUUGCAAGUGACGUGGAAUGAUACGAGACUUCUUGUUGUCACGGGCAGCAUUACCAGCCAAUUCGAGAAUUUCAGCUGCAAGGUAUUCAAGGACAGCUGCAAGGUAAACUGGAGCACCAGCACCAAUACGUUGGGCGUAGUUACCGUUCUUCAAGUGUCUGUGGAUACGACCGACUGGGAAUUGGAGACCGGCCUUUGAAGAACGGGAGCGACCUGCAUCGAGGGCACCUGCCUUUCCACCUGAUUUUCCACCUGAUUUACCGCCGACUUGUUGAGACAUUUUUACUUUGUUAUUUGUUGUGUGAUGGAAUGA